GUCCAGAUGAUAACAACCACAACCCAACAUUUUCAAACUUCCUAGUAAAUAUAUAUCCUUGACUACUUCCAAGGUUCCCACUUUCCCAGUAACUUCCUGUAAGAAAAGGGCCACAAAUAAUAUGCUUGACUGACUCUGCCUCUCCCAGGAGUUCUGAUUUGCAUUGUCCAAAGGCAACUCAUCCACUGCUUUGCUUUCAUUAUCCCAGUUCCAUAGUUCGCUACAGCAAUGGAUCCCCCUCCCAUACACACAAUCAUCUGCCUUGUUUGUUGGUCAUUUUGGUUAUUCCCAUUCUGUGCAUCAUCCGGCAGCCGCCUUCUUCCCGACAAGCCGCUUUCUGCUGGAAGCACCAUCACCUCCGACGACGGCACUUUCGCCCUGGGAUUCUUCUCCCCGUCCAGCUCCGGCACAAAACAUUACUACGUCGGAAUAUGGUACAAGAACAUACCCAAAGACAAUGUUGUGUGGGUUGCCAACCGUGCUAUGCCGAUCGCUGAUCCUUCUUCUGCAACACUGGCCUUCACAAACGGAUCCAAUCUGGCCCUGUCAGACACCAACGGCCAGCUUCUCUGGAUGACUAAUAUCAGCGCCGCAGGAAAUUCAUCGUCAGAGGCAACUGGUGGAGAAGCCACGCUUGAUAACAAUGGGAAUUUUAUCCUUCGGUCAUCACAGGGCAUCAUCUUAUGGCAAAGCUUCGAUUACCCGACCGACACUCUCCUUCCAGGUAUGAACCUCAGGAUCACCCACAAGACGCAUGCACUACAACGGCUCGUCUCUUGGAGAAACACCCAAGACCCAUCCCCGGGCAACUUCUCAUAUGGUGCACACCCUGCUGAGUUUCUGCGGCGUUUUUCAUGGAAUGGUUCGACACCAUACUGGCGAAGUCCAGCGUGGAAUAACUAUUUGUUAGUAGGGCGGUACGUCGAGAGUGUCAAGUCCACAAUUCACUUCACACUGAAUACUAUUGAUGAUGAGGUGUACAUUUCCUUUGGACUACCAGAACCAAGUGUCUCCUUAGUGCUACUGAAGAUGGACUACUCAGGCAAGAUGAAGUUACGAACCUGGAAUAGCAACAUGUCCAAAUGGACUGACCUGCGAUCAGAACCUAAACAGGAAUGCAACAAAUUUGGUUACUGUGGUCCAUUUGGUUACUGCGACAACACGCAGCCUAUUGUGACAUGCAAAUGUAUUGAUGGCUUUGAGCCAAACAACAAGCAAGACUGGACGGCACACAGGUUUUCGCAGGGAUGCCACCGGAUGGAAGCACUAAGAUGUGGUCAACAGGAUGGCUUCUUAAAUUUGCCAAGCAUGAAGGUUCCCCAUGAGUCCUUGCAUGUCAAGAAUAUAAGCUUAGAUGAAUGCAUAGCAGAAUGCACCAGCAACUGCUCCUGCACAGCGUAUGCUUUCGCCAAUACGAGCACCAAGGAUAUCAAUGGGGAUGAAACUAGGUGCCUAUUAUGGAACGGAGAUUUGAUUGACACAGAGAAGCUCAUUGGACAAGGGCAAAACCUCUAUAUCCGGGUUCAUGGAUUGAGUGAUAAAAAGCGGAAGAGCACUGUCUUAAAAAUUACACUGCCAAUCGUGUCAACCUUGCUCAUAAUCAUAUGGGUGUGCCUUGUUUGGAUCUGCUAUUUGGGAGGUAGAACACAGUUCCAUACUUUUCUCCGUGUAUUUCCCUUGAGCAUGAUUGUGCAGGCCAAGGCUAUUCCAUAUUUCUAUGUGCUAUGUUCCUUUAUUAUAAUGUUUGCAUCAAUGUUCCUGAUAGGCAAACAAAGAAACAAGAAUAUUUGGAAGAAGCUGAUGUCAGGAACUUCGAGCACUUCAUUUGAACUUUGCGACGGAAACUUAAAGUAUCCUUCUAUUAGCUUCAAAGAAAUUGUACUUGCAACAAACAAUUUCUCUAACUCCAACAAGCUUGGACAUGGAGGUUUUGGCAGUGUUUACAAGGGAAUGUUAGAAGAUGGUACAGAAAUUGCUGUGAAAAGGCUUAGUAAGGGUUCUGGCCAGGGGGUACCGGAGUUCAGAAAUGAAGUAAUACUCAUUGCGAAGUUGCAGCAUAAAAACUUGGUUAGACUUCUCGGCUUCUGCAUCCAUGGAGAUGAGAAACUAUUAAUAUAUGAAUACUUACCUAACAAAAGUCUGGAUGCCAUGCUUUUCGAUGCCACAAGAAAAUCAAUGCUUAAUUGGCCAACAAGAUUCGAGAUAAUCAAAGGUGUAGCUAGAGGACUUCUUUAUCUUCAUCAAGAUUCAAGGUUGAAGAUAAUUCACAGGGAUCUCAAAGCAAGCAACAUAUUAUUAGAUGCCGAAAUAAGCCCUAAGAUAUCUGAUUUUGGUAUAGCAAGGAUAUUUGGUGGCGAUCAGCAGCAAGAAAAUACCAACCGCGUUGUUGGCACAUACGGUUACAUGUCACCUGAAUAUGCUUUGAACGGAGUGUUCUCUGUCAAGUCUGAUGUAUACAGCUUUGGAGUUUUACUACUAGAGAUUGUGAGUGGCUCAAAGACCAGCUCUGUGCACCUAAAAGCAGACUUCCCCAGCAUUAUAGCCUCUGCAUGGAGCUUAUGGAAGGAUGGGAACAUAAAGGAUUUUGUUGACUCAUCAAUUGUGGAGAGUUGUUCACCUGAUGAAACUAUACGGUGCAUCCAUAUUGGACUUUUGUGUGUUCAGGACAGCCCAAAUGUGCGGCCACUCGUGUCAUCAAUCAUGUCCUUUCUGGAGAAUGGAGAUAUAUCACUUCCACCUCCAAAAGAGUCUGUGUAUUUUUCUGAAAACAACAAUGGAAAUGAUGGAGCAGCAGAAAAUACUGUAAAUUCUGCAAAUAACAUGAGCAUUACAGUAGUAGAGGGACGCUAGUACUUAGCAGUCUAAUCUCUGUAUACUGGAUAAGAAACUGGUAGUUUUGCCUUGAAGAACAAGAAGCUUUGUUUUAAUAUAGAUAAUGUAUUUCAAGUCCGGCAGCUCCAGCAAAUGGAGAGAUCUAAAUGUUCGUAUUAAAGACCAUUCUCAUCAAGAACUUCAGAUGCAUAAAAGAAGGCAAGUUAACCAGCUAAAUUUUGUAUGCUUAAAAAACAGGUAGUAUAGCUGUAUAAGUGUAUAACCAAAUUUCAUUAUACUUAAAGAACGGGUACCACGCACGGCCUCCCGGUCUACCAUCCUAUUUGUUAUAUGAACUAACAAUUAUCUACUAUCUAACUCCAAGCCGAUUGUUUCUUAAUCUAGGCCAAUUGUCAUUUCGACUGAGUAGAAUGUAUAUUGUAGUAGUAAAUCCUGUAUUACUUAUUUACAGCAGCAGUAGGCAGCUGGUGUGAACAUGUGGCUGCAAGAUUCAAGAUAAGCUGCCUGGACAGGAUGAGAUAAGCUGCCAGGAUAGAAUAUGUCAGGAUAAAAUUUAAUGAUAGGCUUGACUGUCAAGUUAUGCAAGUUUUUGCACAGCUUAAGUCGGUAGUGCACCCUAUAAAAGGGCAUGUAUCCCAUCGUUGUAAAAUAAGACAGAUCAAGCAAUCCAUUUGAGCUUCACAAAACUAGUACUCACCGUGUGCUCCUCUCUCUCAAGUGUGCGCGUCCGUGAGCCAGCUCCCCGAGAACUCAUAGUCUAGCCCCAGAGCACUCCAGCUUCAAGUAGUACAGUAUAAUACAGGAGCACUUCAGCUCACACUCUGCUCGUGUAUCCUCUGUUCGUGUGUGUACUAGUGCUUCACUGGUGUGUGUGCUACUCGGGCCAGAUAUUCUGUCCCCCUUAGACUAGAAUUACUAGUCUGUAAUUUGGGCUAACAUAUAGUAUUAUCUUAAUUUUGCAUGCAAUGUGUCUCUUACUCCUAGUUACUAUGGAGUUUUUUAUAAGCACAAGCAUGGAAGUAAAAAAUAGUCAGAGUUAUCAGGUAGGUCACUUCAUUGUGUCAGGCUAAACAAUGUUUGUGAAAUCCGACAGAAAUCAUGUAGAAAAGCAACUUCAAAUCACAUUAGAAAAUAUACACAACGCUUAACUAGAAAGAAAAAAAGGCAUCCUGUCGCAUUGAUUGAAAGUGCGUAAAGUAUACUGUAAUACUGUAUAACCCUUAACUAAAUUAGUGCCAUCUGACCAGCAAUAAGAAACUUAUGUAGGAGAACGUGAACCCUGAACAACACCAAGAUUAUGCGUGGGUUAAGCACUCCGCCAUCCCUCCUGUCCCCAUGCUUCAGUGUGCAACACAUUUGUUAACAGAAAUAUGAGAGAGACAGUGUGUCAGACUAAGGGAUUGAAAAUUGAAAAACAGGUCAGCAGCUGGCAUAUGGGUUCCACUAAUCCACAUCACAAACACCUUGUGUCCAUUCACAAUUAGAGCACGCACCUCUGAAGC